CGUUGGUAGUUUAGUUGAAAUAUGUCUAGUACUGUAUUUAAAAGGACAUUGCUCAAUGAACAUUUCUGACUGUGAGCCUUUUUCUCAUGACAUUUUUAUGUUGUGUCAACGAAGGAAUUGUGUAAAGAGUUCUAAUCUCCUGUAAAAUGUGUCGGUCGGCAGUGGAAGCAGAGGAAGAAAUGCAGGCGUUGAGGAUUCAGCUGAAGGAACGGGAAAUGCAGGUCCAGCAGGCUGCCCAGGCUGGCCUGGACCUACUAAACCAGCAAAUGGAGCUUCAGAGCAGGCUAGAAGAACAGAGAGUAGAAAUGACCAAUGCUUUGGAGGCUCGAGAGCAAGAAAAGUACUCCCUGCAGAAAGAAAUAGAGCUGAAGACUCGUAUGAUGGAGUCUUUAAAGUCUGACUACGACUUGUUCCAGAGCCAACAGAGUCAGAAGCUUCAAGAGGAACUGGAGGUUUUGGAAAGGAAACACAGCCUGACUGUUUGUGAGCUGAACAACAAGGUGCUUUGCUUGCAGUCCUCUCUUGAAGAAUCCCAACUCAGUGAGAAGCAGCUGAAACACAAGCUCCAAGUGCAGACAGAGGUGCUGAACAGUAAGACGGAAGAGCUUCGGACCCUUGGUGAACAAACCCAGAACUCUAUGACUUCUGACAUGAUGGAGGUGGAGACAAAGCUUCUGGACUUGAAGAAUGAGAAUCUGCACCUGGAAAAGUCUCUGCAAGAGUCCCAGUACAGAGAACAGCAGCUGGAGCAGACCAUUGCCAGCCUACAGCGCCACCUUGCGAACAUCACUGAAGAAAAGGAGGACAGAGAAAAAGAAGCUGUUUCCUAUUUUAAUGCUCUGGAGAAAUCUAGAGAGGGGAAUCGGGACCUCCAGAUCCAACUUGACCUAGUAACUCAGCAGGCCCAAGAUCCGAACAGCAAGGGAAACUCUCUGUUUGCUGAGUUGGAGGACAAACGUGCUGAAAUGGAGCGUCAGUUGAUCAGCAUGAAGGUUCAGCAUCAGUCUCUGCUUAAACAACAUGCUUUCAGCAAACAGCAGCAACAACGCAUGAAGGUGCAGAUUGCCAACCUGAUGCAGCUGCUAGGUACCAGAACAGACCCUGCUCAGAUGGAAAGACUUCAGUUCAUGCUCUCCGAGAAGAAUGGAGAAAUCCAAAACCUCAUGACCAAACUUCAGAGGCUGGAGAAGGUGGAAACAAUGCUGAAGUCUCAGCCAACAAACCCAUCAGCACCAGGAUGCAGUGAUGUCCACGAUGAGACCUAUUACACAGACCUGUUGAAGAUGCAGCUGGGAAAAGCAGCGAAACAUGCAGAGAAUCUGGGGGAUGAACUGUCCCUUCAGAGGAUGAAGUCCCUGUCGGAGAGUCAGCGAGCGCUACAGCUGGAGAGGAAGCUCUUCAAGUCCGAGCAGAUCCUCAAACAGACUCAGAGCGACAAGAUCCGACUGCAGCUGCGAGUAGAGGAGCUCCAACAAAAAUAUGAGCCCAAAGACGAGCAAAGUCUGAGGAGCCAAAAAAGAACGAAAGAGAAACUUCCUUUCAGUGUUGUCCCACCUGCAAAGGAAAAUUCGCCAGACAACGAAAAGGCUACUGUUAUGGAGAUAAAUGUCCUCAAGAUUAAGGCUGCUGAAUCUGGACCUGACAUCUGUCCUGCCACUCAGACCUUCAGAGACACUAAAGAUUUGAUUUCUGAGCCGAGACCUGCCAAGUGUGUGAGGAUCAGUGAUGAGUCUACGAUCAUCCCUGAUCAGAGUUCUCAUGUGGCUGACAGUAACAAACUGAAGGAGAGGCAGGAGCCCAACAUACUCGAGGAGAGCAAAAUGGAGCUGAAGCUCUCACAGGAAGAUAGGAACCUGGAGCACAACCAGCUGAAGAGAGGGAAGCUUCCAGUGGAAGCCAUUCAUGUGAGCUCCAGCAGCAGCAUGGAGAACCAGUGUGCGCAGCAGUAGACCUUGUCUUAAUGUAUUAUUACUGACCUGUCUACUGAUUUUUCUUCGGGUGUUUUAAACAAAAUGUCAGAUUCCAGAGUGCUGUGUAUUCUUCUUGUUUUUCAUACAUGGCGUACAUGCAAAAGUUGUUGUUUUUAAAUGUCGAUUUUCACUGCAGGUCUUAUUGAAUUAAAGGAUGAUUACAGACCUGGGGCAGGCAUUUGUGGAAUUGACUUGGAGAACAUGUUCGAGCGCAUCAAUGCCCAACUGAGCUGUCUGGACAAUAAUAAACGUCACUGUAAUCAGUACCUCUGGACACAAGCUUUUCUUGGGAUUUGAUGCAGCAUCUGUGCUGCUGACCGGAAGGGAUCGAACAGGACUAAACGUUUGAGGUGGCAGGUGCCUGAACCACCGUGGCAUGCUCUGUAAAACCUAUUUCACUUUGUGUACUUCCCCCCAUUGACACCCAUUUAUGUGAGGAGAGAUAAUGGGUGUCUGUGACUCAAUAUUUAAUAAA